AUGGUCCGGCUCACAGUCAUCUGUCCGGCAGUGACCUCUGUUCUUAUGCUCAUAUCGAUUAUACUGCUGCUUCUAUCCAUGACAGUGUACAAGAAAAUGACCCCCAUAACAACGGUGGACGUCGUGGCCUUAAGACACAUCGACAUGUCACGUAAUGUGCCCGAAAUCAGUGUGGAUGUGAACAUGUCUGUGAUGAACCCCAAUGGUGUGGCCUUCAAGUACACCCACAGCACAGUGCUCUUGGUUUACAGGGGUGUGUUGGUGGGUGAGGCUCUUAUAGAAGCAGGAGUGAUAUCGAAGGCUGUCACCAAAACCGCGAACUUAAUGCUCGCUAGUAAUUUAGCUGAUCGUUUGCAGGGAGAAUCGGAGCUAAUUAUGAUUCAGUCGGACAUUUUGGCUGGUACAUUGCCCUUCAACAUUCAAAUCAAAAUCUCUGGCAGAUUGUUUUCUCUUCUCAAAAUCUUCAAGUUUCAUACGGACGCGGUCUCUACCAGCUCAUGCCAAUUUGAUAUCAAUGUUUGUAGCAAGACUGUUCGAGAGAAGCAUUGCCCAAAUGAAUAA